AUGUCGCUCGAAGAGAAGUUGGCGAAAAUCCGGUCGCCAAACCUUGAGAACCAGAAACAUACUCGAAAUGCCUUGGCCUCCAUAGAAGAGACGCUGCGUGACCAGAACCUGGAACUUACAGCUACGGCAUACUUCGCCUCAUCAUUGGCUCUACUGAAACAGGCAUCAGCGUCGAGCCAGCAAGAUGAGGAAGAUAGCGUCGCGGCGGCUACGAUAUACCUCCUCGACAUUGUCACAUCCCACGUGCCAACAGGUCUCCUACGCUCGCAGUUCAAUAGCAUCCUGACACUUUUGAUACCAUAUGUUUCAGCCUCAGGAUCCAAUGCACCAUUACUGCGUUCGGCAGUCGGCUGCCUGGAGUCGCUACUUCUCGCACAAGACUCACAAGCGUGGGCACUACCACAAUCACAGCCUGGGCCGAGACAGGCUAUACCUGCUCUACUGGGUCUAGCCAUUGAUCCGAGACCAAAAGUUAGGAAGAGAGCACAGGAGGCGCUGACUGCAAUUCUCAAGAACCCGCCACCGGGUCCAGCACUCGAUCAUCCGGCUGCCGAGAUGUGCGCAGUAGCUUCCCAGAACAACCUCAAGCAUGCCGCCGAGGCCGUACAUCAGGCCCGGCGGCACAAGGGUCGAUCAGAUGACAGCCACGAACCAGCUGUAAUUCAUGCGUUGCAGUUGACCAAAACUGUGGCGACAGCCUCGGGUGGAUGGCCGAGCAAGAAGAUUGAGCCUCUAUGCGAGCUCCUGCUUACCCUAUCGAAGUCCAGGAACGACUACCUGGUCACCAGCGCGUUCGAGGUGUUCGAGGUAAUAUUCGAGGGCAUGGAGGAUGAAGUUGCGUCCUCGAAGCUACCACGACUGCUUGAUGCGAUUGUGGACCUGAAGCCCGCACAUAAUGAUUCGCAACUCGUCCCACCAUGGAUAGCCAUUAUCUCAAGAGGUUACGGUACCUCCGCCUCUGUCGAGCCGGAAGAUACAUUUGCCAAGCUCCCUGAGCUUUUUGAUCUUGUUGUGGUCUACCUGACUAGCAAUACUAGGAACAUCAGAGUCUCGGCGUCGGAGUGUCUCAUCUCCUUCUUCGCAAAUUGCAUCCCAGACUCCGUCAUCUCAGACCCCUCAGUCUACGAUGAGAAAGUUCUGGAGCUGCUAGCAAGCCGGACACUUGGCCUCCUCGCUGUCAAGUAUCAGUCGGCGUGGGUUGAGGUUUUUCAGGCCAUCGCUGCUCUCUUCGAUGCCCUCAGAUGGCGAGGAGAUCCGUUCCUGCUACCCAUCGUGAAGUCAAUCGGAGACCUUCGUGGUAAUGAUGGCUUUGGAGGUAAGAAAGAGGCAGAUGAUGUUCUCGGACAGGCUAUCCGCAACCUGGGACCUGCCGUUGUUCUAUCCGUGCUACCGCACAACCUUACUACCCCACAGAAAGGCCAACCUGGCCGUGCUUGGCUUCUUCCACUCCUUCGAGACUAUGUCUCGAACACGAACUUGGCUCAUUUCAAGUCCGACCUACUGCCUCUGAGUGAGGCUAUGUUUCAACGUGUUCUCAACCACGGCAGUGCUGAGAAGACUAUGGACAUCAAGAUAUUCGAAACAGUUGUACAGCAAGUUUGGGCAACCUUUCCCGGCUAUUGUGACCUGCCUCUCGAUCUUCCCAAGGCCUUUGAUCAAUCAUUUGCAGAGCUGAUCUCGAAUCUUCUCUACCAACAGGCUGAUCUUCGCGUCGAUCUUUGCCGAGGAUUGCAAAAUCUUGUCGAGUCAAAUCAGGCUCUUCUGGCCUCCGACCUUCCGGACGAUGUUCUGACACUGGAACGACGGCUCUCUCGGGCGGAUGCCGAGGCUAACAUUGCUCAUAUAUCGACUUUUGCGAAUAAUUUGCUUGCCGUCCUCUUCAACGUAUACAGCCAGACGCUUCCACAAUCUCGCGCCUACAUUCUCCAGUGUAUCAACGCCUACCUAUCAGCCACUCCAGAGGCCGAUCUCACUGCCACUUACGACCGUGUAGCGACCAUGCUGGAGAGCGAGCUCCCACAACCUGGGAAGUCAGCGCCACCGAAGCAGCAGCAGCAACCUCCCAGCAACAAGAUGCCGCCAACCUCGCACACCCUCCUCGACCUCAUCAUCGCUCUCUCAGUACACCUCCCACGUACCAAGUUUCCGUCGCUCUUCGCUCUCGCCUCCACUCUCCUUACCUCACAGGCUCUGCAAAAGUCAGAUCCUCAGCUCAUCAAGAAGGCCUACAAGCUGAUCCCCCGUCUAUCUACCUCUACUGCCGGCGCUGCGGCUCUACGAGAGCGCAAUUCCGAACUCCGCCAACUCAUUAUACAGACCGCAGACAGUACGCCGGUACCAGCGAGGAGAGAUCGACUGAUGGCCAUCGGCACCUUGAUCGAGUAUCUGCCAUCGUCCGAGCUGCAUUUCAUCCCAUCAAUUAGUAGCGAGGUCGUGCUUGCCUGCAAGGAUGCGAAUGAGCGCGCCCGCACCGCCGGCUUCGAUGUUCUACUCGCUCUGGCCGCUCGAAUUGUGGCAGAGGGGAAGAAGGGCUCGAAAAUCCGCAACAGUUUGGUACCACACAUGCCAGAUGACGCUCCCGACGUGCCAUGCUCUGUCGAAGAAGUCUUCACCAUGGCGUCUGCAGGCCUAGCAGGUGUGGCGCCCCACGUUAUCGCAGCGAGCAUCACUGCACUGUCCAGGUUACUCUAUGAGUACCGGGCGCAGCUGAAUGCCGAAGUAAGGGAAGACAUGCUCGACACAAUGCUCAUGUUCAUCGAUAGCAAUACCCGCGAGAUCGUACGAGCCGUACUAGGUUUCGUCAAGGUGGCUGUUGUAGUUCUUCCGACGGAUCUUCUAGAAGCAAAAGGACGCAUUCAGGCCAUAUUAAAGGGAUGCAUGAUCUGGAGUAAGGAGAAUAAGGGCCGUCUGCGACAGAAAGUCCGUGGUAUCCUCGAACGAGUGCUCCGCCGCUGGGAUGCUAGCCAUAUUGAGCGCUGGGUUGACGACGAGGAGGGUGCCAAGAUGGUCAAGAACGUGCGCAAGCGUAAGGAAAGGGCCAAGCGCAAGAAGGGGGCAGAGGCCGGAGCUGACGAGGAGGAAGAUGCACAUGACAAGAAAUAUGACAACGAGUACGAUGAAGCGGUGUAUGGCUCCGACGAAGACUCGGACAGCGUCAUCGGCUCCGACGAUGAGGACGACGAAAUGAGCGGCGUCAAAGUACGCACCCAGAGCAAGCAAUCGAAGAAUGACAGAGGUCAGCAGUUCAUCCGCCAAGACGACGAGGAUGACGAGCCUCUGGAUCUGCUCGAUCCAAAGUCUCUAGGAAGCAUCACGUCCCGCAAGAUCGGCCGUUUGCGCCAGGAUGCACUGGGCAAGAGACAGACCAAGGCCAGGACCAACGAGGACGGAAAACUCGUCUUUGGCAACGACGACGACGAUGACAUUCUCAUGGGAAGGAACACCAAUGGCGAUGCCAGCGAGGGCGGCGGUGUAGACGCCUACGUCGCCGCAGUCGACGGCCCCGAUGCCGUGCGCCGCGGCCAGAAAGGCCGCUUGAAGGUCAAGUCGUCACAGAAGCAACGCGGUGGCGAUGCCAUGGAGCUCGACGACGACGAAGCCAAGGCCGUCGGCGGGCAACUCAGCAAGAAGCACAGGCGCGCCGGCAGCGCCGGCAGCACGGGCAGCGUGGGUGGCAAGGGGGGCCAGAAGGGCAAUGAUCCGAAGCACGCGCGGAAAGGACUGGGUGUUGAGAAGAGCAGAGGCGCGCCUCAGCAGGGUGGAGGAAGGGCUAACAAGCACAACAAGAGGAAGGUGAGCUUCUCGAGACAUGGGAGGCGAUGA